ACAGAUAGGUAUACAUACUUGCCAACAAGGACCUCUGAUAAUUCAAUUCAUUCCUCUCUUUCUUUUUUCGGAAACCAUGAGUUUCCGGUCAAUCCCCACGCCGCCGCUGCCGUAUUCAGUCUCGUCUUUCAGUUCUAUCGUCUUCUUCAUUUUCUGCAUAUUCUCUUUCCGGAAUUCAACCGCUCAAACUGCCCGAACUGAUCCUUCUGAAGCAAGAGCGUUAAAUUCUAUAUUUCAGAAAUGGGAUGUUCAAAUUCCAAGAAACCAAAACAAUGUCGGCUUGUGGAACAUAAGCGGAGAACCGUGUACCGGAACAGCCCUUGGACCAGAUUUCGACAAGGAUUACAACAAUCCAUCCAUCGAAUGCGAUUGUACCUAUGAUAGCAACAACACUUGCCAUAUUACCAAAUUGAAAGUCUCUAAACUUAACAGGCAAGGGGUUAUUCUUGAAGAAAUUGCUGCUCUAACUUACCUCGCCGUAUUGAAAAUUGAUCAGAAUGCAUUCACCGGUACCUUGCCCCCAUUCCUCGGAAAUAUGUCUGCAAUGGUGAUCCUGUCCCUUGCCCACAAUCAAUUCUUUGGUACAAUACCCAAGGAGCUAGGAAAUCUUAAAGAACUAGCAAUGUUGGCUGUGAGUUCCAAUAAUUUUUCAGGCAGUCUUCCCCCAGAACUUGGCUAUCUACCUAAAAUGGAAUUUCUUUACCUAGACAGCUGUGGUGCUGGCGGUGAGAUUCCCUCGACAUUUGCUAACCUCCAAAAUAUGCGUGUGAUGUGGGCAUCAGACAGCCCAUUUACCGGAAAGAUACCUGAUUUUAUAAGCAACUGGAAAAACUUAUCGCAACUGAGACUUCAAGGCAAUAAUUUUGAAGGUCCUAUACCAGCCAGUUUCUCAAAUUUAACCUCGUUGACCUCUUUGCGAGUAAGUGAUUUACAGAACGCGAGUUCAUCUCUUGAUUUUAUCACCAACUUGAGGAACCUAACCGACUUAGUUAUAAGAAAUGCAUUGGUUUCGGGCCCCAUUCCGACAGAGAUUAAUCGAUUGCAAAGUCUUCGUACUCUGGAUUUAAGUUUCAACAAUUUAAAUGGUUCACUUCCACAAACGUUAAUGAAUAUGAGUUCCCUUGUUUCUUUAUUUCUUGGAAACAACAGCUUGUCUGGUUCUCUUCUUCCUGACAAAAGUGAGCGUCUUCAAAACAUAGAUUUGUCUUACAAUGAACUGUCAGGUGAUUUUCCACGCUGGGUGAUUCCAACGUGGUCAAUGGCCAAUCUGCAAUUGAAUUUGGUGGCUAACAACUUUAAGUUUGACAGCACAAACAUAAGUACUUUCCCAGGACUGGUCUGUCUUCAACGAGACUUUCCUUGCAACAGAAAUACAACACCUUAUACCAGCUUUGCAAUCAAGUGCGGUGGCUCAGAAAUGAGAUCUGCCAAUGGCAUACUAUUUGAGACUGAAAACACUACAACCCUUGGACCUGCUUCUUCUUAUAUAUUUCAAGAAAAAUGGGCAGUGAGCAAUGGGGGUAUUGUCCUUGACCGACCUGACCCGUCAUUCAUAGCAUCUACAACUACCCAGGUUGAUAACACAAACUAUCCAGAGCUCUUCAGAACCUCAAGGAAGUCUCCAGGAUCGCUUAGGUAUUAUGGUUUAGGACUAGAAAACGGUCCUUAUACAGUAAGCCUUUUCUUUGCUGAAACUGUCUUCAAUCGAACCAGAAACACCUGGCAAGGUCAUGGAAGGCGUGUCUUUGAUAUUUACAUCCAGGGAAGUCGUCGACAGAAAGACUUCAAUAUAGCAAAGGAGGCAGGUGGUAUUGGUAGAGCCCUUGAAAAGAAUUUUGAUGUUACCGUAACUCAAAACCAUCUUGAAAUUCAUUUGUUCUGGGCUGGAAAGGGGACCUGCUGCAUACCUGAACAGGGAGAUUAUGGACCUUUAAUUUCUGCCCUCAGAGUUUCUCCUGAGUUCAAUGUUAAGGGCAAGUCAAAGAAAACUGGAAUGAUCGUUGGUAUCAUAGCUUCUGUCGCAUCUGUCAGUCUUAUUUUCUUAGUAUUUGGUUUAUAUAUGAAAAGGAAAAGGUCAAAACACCGACUAGAAGAAGAGUUUCUUGGAAUGGGACCUAAAGUAAAUACUUAUACAUAUGCGGAACUGAGAACUGCAACUGCAGAUUUCAGUACUUCAAAUUUGCUUGGAGAAGGUGGUUUUGGGCCUGUUUACAAGGGGAUAUUGAAUGAUGGAAGUGUGGUAGCUGUCAAGCAACUGUCAGUAGCAUCCCAUCAUGGGAGGAGUCAGUUUAUAACAGAAAUUUCAACCAUAUCAUCCGUCCAACACUGGAACCUUGUGAAGCUCCAUGGCUCUUGUAUUGAUGGAGCUCGAAGACUUUUGGUUUACGAGUAUCUUGAGAACAAAAGCCUUGAUCAGGCACUCUUUGGAAAAACAGAUGGGCGCCUCGAUUGGCCAACACGUUUCAAUAUAUGCUUGGGAACAGCAAAAGGACUGGCUUAUCUUCAUGAAGAAUCAAGGCCUAGAAUUGUGCACCGGGAUGUCAAAGCGAGUAAUAUCUUGCUUGAUGGAGAGUUAUGUCCCAAAAUAUCUGAUUUUGGAUUAGCAAAAUUAUAUGAUGAUAAGAGAACCCACAUGAGUACCCGGGUUGCUGGAACAAUUGGCUAUCUUGCACCAGAGUAUGCAAUGCGUGGGCAUUUGACAUCGAAGGCUGAUGUUUUUGGAUUCGGAGUAGUUUGUUUAGAGAUUCUUAGUGGGAGGCCGAAUUAUGACGAUAAACUGGAUCCCGAGCAAAAGUAUCUUCUACAAUGGGCAUGGAGUCUAUACGAAAGAAACCGACAAUUGGAGCUUAUAGAUCCAUCGUUGACUUCUUUUGAUGAGCAACAAGCUACUCGUAUGAUAGGGGUGGCACUUAUGUGUGUUCAAGCGUCACCGUCAUUAAGACCGGCAAUGUCACGUGUUAUUGGAAUGCUUUCAGGUGAUAUUGAAAUAAGUGUUGUCACAACAAAGCCUAGUUAUUUGACAGAUUGGGAUUUUAAUGAUAUCACUAACACUUUCUGUGACGAUGAGCCAAUCUCGUCUGAAAAUACAACCAUGACUACUACGAGGACUACAAAUACUACUUCCUCAACUGGUCGUGAUUCGAUGUCAUCGCCCAUAAUCUUGUCAGAGCUAAGGAACAAUGGAAGCCUAAGAGAUGGAAGGUGACAGGUCCUAACUGGUAUCUAUUUGGCCCUUCUUAUUCAUUAACAUGUGUCCUCCUAAACUGCUAUCUGUCCAUAACCAUUAUAAUUGUUCAUAAGCAUAAUGUGACAUUUUUGUUUUCUUUUAAUAGUAACUUGUAAAUUGCCUUUAAUGUUAGAGUGAUAGAAUACGACGUAAAACACGGUGUAGAUACAUACUUUAAGAUGUUUUACUUAAUGAAAUUUCAACAGCAUUUUCAUA